CUUCCAGGUUACGAAGAUGCCCACGUGAUGAUCUACGUCGGUUUUGGGUUCCUGAUGACAUUUCUCAUGAAGUACUGCUACGGUGCGGUCGGUGUCAACUGGUUACUGGCCGCACUAGUCGCCCAGUGGUCCAUUAUCACCCAGGGCUUGUUCCAUAUGAAAGACAUGAUUAUACCUCUGAAUAAGAAGGUGAUUCUUGAAGCCGACAUUAUGUCAGCAACGGUCCUCAUCACGUUUGGGGCGUUGCUCGGCCGCGCCAGCGUGAAUCAACUGCUCUUCAUAGCCAUCGUGGAAGCGCUCAUAGGCAGCCUUAACUUGUACCUCAUAGAAAGAGUUAUUGAGGGAUCAGACGUUGGCGGCUCAAUGGCAAUCCAUGCAUACGGGGCGUUUUUCGGGAUCGCAGUGAGCGGCGCCUGGGUAUGCUGCAGGAAAAAAAAGGACCAGCCGCAGGAUGACGGCGGCCAUCCACUCGAGAAGCCGUCCUACAUGACUGAUGUCACGUCGAUGAUUGGCUCAGCAUUCCUGUUCAUCUAUUGGCCGUCCUUCAACGCCGCGCUCACGCGCACUGACUCUGACUACCAGAGAGCUGUGGUAAAUACUUACCUAUCGCUCGCAGCGUGUUCGGUGGCCACCUUCGCCCUAUCAGCGUUCCUUCGUCACGGCAAGUUCGAGAUGGAACACAUUCAGAACUCGACACUCGCUGGUGGCGUUGGCGUCGGUACGGUGUGCAACAUGCAUAUAACCCCUGGUGGAGCAAUCAUAAUAGGGACGGGUGCUGCUUUUGUCAGCGUUUUCGGAUUUGCGAAGCUGAAGCCGUUCCUCAUAAGGAAGUGCGGUCUACUGGACACGUGCGGCGUGAUGCACCUGCACGGCUUCCCCGGGGUCUAUUCCGGUCUCGUCUCCAUCAUAGCCGCAGCGGUCGCGACUGAGGAAAUGUACGGCGCAGCAGGCCUGAAGUCUGUCUUUGAAGCUCUUGAACCGUGGUCACGGAAAUAA